AUGGGCCAAUCAUCAGAAGAAAUCCUCGACUCAGUCCUCGAAGUCCAAAACGGCCAUGAGCUAUCAAUUAUCAAACUAAGUGAGCCAGUCGCCGGUCCACUCAAGAAAAGUUCCGGCGAACGAACUUCAGAUGUAUCUGCGGAUGUUUUCGAGAACCCGACACCAGCGAGUCUCGAGGCAGAUUUGGCGCAUUACAAGGAACUCUUUUCGAAACUCCGCUUCUCUUACCUUGAACAAGUCACAAAAGAGAAAUUCAUACGCGCCAUUGUCGGGGACCCUCCUCUCGUUGUCGAACACCAGGAAAAUGUCGAGUUAGAGUCAUCACUUGCUGUCUCGAAAACAUCCCUCAAGGCCCAGAAGACUGAGGUCGCAGAGCUGGUUGCGGAAUUGGAAAAGAGGGGUAGAGAGCUGUGUCGGAAGUACGAGAAUGUUCAACUGCAGACGACGCAACUACAGCAGUUACCUGAAAAUAUAGAGGGGCUGCAGGCUAGUAUUGAGGAGCUGAAGGCAACACAGCAGCCAGGAUCGAAUCCGAUCCUGAGUAUGCCGCUGGAGAAGACGUUGGCGUUGGUAGAGGAGAGACAGAGGGAGAGGGCGGAGCUGGAUAGACAGUUGGAGCAACUUCAGCUUCUAGUACCGAGAAAGACGCGGGAAUUGGAGAGGUUGAACGCGGAGUUGCAGCCGUUGGAGGUAAAGAGACUUGGGAGUACGGCUUCAGCAAGAGAGGCUAAGAGGAGGAAGGAGGAGGCUUUGGGUGGUUUUGGGGAUGAUUUGGAGGAGCGUGGAAGAUGGUGGAGAGGUGUAGAAGGGGGAUUGAAGGGCAUGUUGGGUGUUGAGGGUUAA